UAUUCGGUGCUGUAACCAGUUAAAUGGGCGCACGCAGUAUAGCACGAGAAUGAGAACGUUGGAGAAAAUAAAAAUCGUCGCUUUGAGUCGAGUGGUUCGUGAUUUUCUGUGCGAUGUGUCGCAUUACUUUUGCUUUGUGUGCACUUUUUUCCACUGUUUAAAACAAACAGCGUAUUAUGUUUAUCUAAACACAAACCGAACACAUACCGAUGCAGAACACCACGUACACACACAAAUCCAUAGUAUACACUACAAACAUCGAACAUAGAGCAUUAGAUCGAACAUUCUCUGUGUGUAUAUUGUUUAUACCGUUUUUGGUUUGUGUUGCGUUCGCGUUGACGGUUUUUCAGCAUAAACAAAAGUAGAUUUUUAGUUGUCAAACAAUCGUCGCUGAUCAUGGACGGAGUGAUUAAGUUUUUCACCGUGGAAGCCGGUCUAUUUGUACGGCAUUUGAGAUACUUCUCGAACAUCGAAAGCAUUUGCAUCAAUCAGCAAAUUGUUCAUUUGCUUCGUGAGGCGGCUGUGUACAUUGAUGAAUUGCUGGAAAAUGCGGAACACAUGGAAAUGCCAGAACAAGAUGUGGUCAAAUUGAUUUUCGAUUUUGAUGAACGGCAAUUCAGUUUACGACGCUAUCUCGAGUGUCGAACCUGUUGCGAACUAAUUGCACUUUCAACGGAGGAAUUUGAGGCACACAAGCAGCUCAAGCAUACCGUUCAAUAUGGAACAAAUAGCUUGUUUUCGCCACAAAUUGGCCCAGAUGCCGAAUCAACGAUUUGCCAAAACAAAAUGGCGACAACCAGUUUUGAAGCCGAUCACAACCAAAACUAUAUUACAAAAUGUGCUACACAAAGCGAUGACGAGCACGCACAUCCGAGCUAUUCCGAUGUUAUUAGCAAUAAUGCUCCUGGCGAAGGUUUAUCGCGAGGCACCAGCCCAACCACAGUGCACAGCAGUGACGAGCUAUCGGAAAGUCAAGCCAGAGAUAUUUCAGUGGAUUCGGGCUACGGUACAUCGUAUUUGAUCAAAGUUCGCGGUCUACCGUGGACAACCACCAAAAAAGAUUUGCGCGAAUUUUUUGCCAAAGUACACAUUUUGAAUGGUUUGGAUGGGAUUCACUUCAUCACCGACGAUGAGAAUAACUUUGGCGUCGCAUACAUUCAGUUGCCAACGCGACAAGACUAUGAGGUUGCUCAAACAUACCAUCGAAAGAAGCUGGAUGAACGGUACAUUGAAGUGUUAAAGGCAAAUAAGCAGGACUUUACCGCUUUGAAUGAUAUCCAGAAGAGUUCGAGCGAAGACAAUGUAUUGCGCCUCGAAGGAUUGCCGUGGAACUCCAAAGAGAACGAGAUUCGACAAUUUUUCCAUGGUUUGAAACUCGAUGCAAUCGGUUUGAUUUUGGAUAAAUCGACCGAUCACACAUUGGAGGCAUUUGUUCGGUUCGAAACAAGCGAUGACUUUGAUCUGGCAUUGAAACGCAACUGGAAGGUGAUGGGCAACAGACAUGUGAAAAUCUUUCGAAGCUCAUACAAUCAGAUGAGUUUACGGCUAAAUAGCGAGGAGCAGCGAUUAUGUGCCAAACCAGAGAGCAAACAAAUCAGCCCAUUGCACGAGGGAGCAUUGGUGUCGUUGCCAGUUGAGAAAAUUAUGGAAAGAAAAUCGCAAAAAGGUGAAUGGCAGAAAGUGGGUCCACGUCGUUCGAAAGCUGAAGCUAAAAAACCGGGCGUUGGCUUUUACAUGGUGAUGGCACGUGGUUUCCAGUGGAAAGUGUCGAAGAAAGAUGUGAUGGAUUUUUUCAAGGGGAUCAACAUUUUGAACGGUGAAAAGGGCAUCAACAUCAUGAAGAAUGUGGCAAUGGAAGCCUACGUUGAAUUGGUAUCGAAAAAUGAUGUGAAGAAAGCAUUGGCCCUGAACAACAAACGGGUCGAUUCACGAACGGUGCAUGUCACCGAAGUCGAUUCAAAGGAAUACUCACGCGUUGCAUCAUGCAUCUUGCAAACGAACGACAGCAAGGUGAUUCAAAUAAGGGGCUUACCUUGGUCUGUCGACAAGGCAUACAUCAUGAAAUUAUUUCCAACCAUAAAAAUUCCCAAGCACCACAUUCAAAUCGAAAUCGAUGAGAAUAACCGGCGUACUGGCUAUGCAUUUGUUGAAUUCGAAUGUGUUGAGGAUUAUGAUGCGGCAUUCAAAACGGAUUUCAAAGCUAUCAAUGAGUUCAUCAAGCUAUUUAAAGCAACAAAGGAACAAUACCUUCAAACCAUUACCUCCAACAAAAUAAUGAACCAAAAUUAAAAUCAACAAUUCAACUCGAUUCAAAAUGUAAAGGAAACGAGUAGAAAGAAAGCAGUUACAGUAACCGUGAAAAUGAAAAAUGAAAACGAAAAAUCACACAUUCCCAAAAAAAUAUUACCAAAAGAAAAAAAUGAAAUGUUCGAUAAAAAAAACAACAUUUCCACUUGUAUCUGAAUGAAAUGAAAAAAAGGGAAAUGAAAACCGCUUGAAUAUUUACAGUUUAAAUGUGUUCGUUCACCUCAGAAUAAGUUCUUUUUUUGCAUUUGUCAUUAGAAUAUCAAUAGUUUAGAAAAUAGUUUCAACCCCAAAACCAAAUACAAUAUAAAUAAAUAAAUAAAUACACAUGAUUUAAAGAAA